GUGCAAGAACCGGUAGUCCACGGGCCCGUGAAUUUCCCUGAGGCGGAGAACACCCCGUUGGACAACACGCAGAUGCCGCUGUUCAGAGGGAUCGUGCAGGAGGGCGAUGGUGGUCCCACCUUGCUGGGAAAUGCAGCGACGCUCAGGGAGAGGGAAACGCCACUGUUGCUUCCUUCUAGGCCUUCUUCUCUUUCCGGUGCAUCAGACCUGGUCGCUCUGAAGUCAAAGCAGAACCCAGUGGCCUUUGAGAAGGUGGCCGGCUAUUCUAGACAGGAGGAGUGGGCCAUGCUAGAUCCCAGCCAACGGAUCCCACAGAGGGGAGAGCACGGGCUUCAUGGAGGACUGCACAGGGGCGUCAUGGAGGAGAUGUGUGGCAACCUGGCCUCUUUAGGGCUCCUGGUUCCCAGAUCUGACCUCAUCUCAUGGCAUGGAGGAAGGGGAGAUCCAUUUGUUGAGGGGACCAUGGAUCAGGAGAGAUCCACAGCUGCUGGGAGUGAAAGUAACAGAGACAUUAAACUGCAAAGAAUGAAAAGUGAAGGAAAACAGAAAUGGGUGCCAAGAUCCAUUCCUCCUGAAGGAGCAGACUUCCAUGAAAUUCCAGGACUGGAAGGAUGUCUUGAUGGAAAUAAAAAUAUCAUUUGUAAUGGGACAAAACUGCUGAAGUCACCUCUGUGUGGAAGAAGCUUCAAUCCACCUCUGUACCUUGCAAAACGUCAAAGUAUCCACACAGGAGAAAAGCCCUAUAAAUGUUUAGAGUGUGGAAACAGUUUCAGUAAUAACACAAAUCUUAAACUACAUCAGAGAAUCCACACAGGAGAGAAGCCCUACAAAUGUUCUGAGUGUGGAAAAGCUUUCAGUUAUAGCAUGAACCUUAAAUCUCAUCAAAGAAUUCACACAGGGGAGAAACCCUAUCAGUGUUCAGAAUGUGGAAAGCGUUUCAGCCAUAGUAUGAACCUUAAAUCUCAUCGAAGAAUCCACACUGGGGAAAAGCCCUAUCAAUGCUCAGAAUGUGGAAAACGUUUCAGUCAUAGCAUGAACCUUAAAUCGCAUCACAGAAUCCACACGGGUGAGAAGCCCUACCAGUGCUCUGAAUGUGGAAAACGUUUCAGUCAUAGCAUGAACCUUAAAUCUCAUCGAAGAAUCCACACUGGUGAGAAACCCUAUGAGUGUUUAGAAUGUGGAAAGCGUUUCAGCCGGCCCUCUCUGUUUAAGUUGCAUCAACGAACUCACACUGGUGAGAAGCCAUUUCAGUGCUUCAACUGUAGAAAAAGCUUCACUUGGCACUCUUACCUUAAGGUGCAUCAACAGAUUCACACAGGAAAGGAGCCAUUUAAAUGCUCAGAAUGUGGGAAGGGCUUCAAUGACAGUGGUCACCUUGGAGACCAUCUCAGAAUCCACACAGGCGAGAAACCCUUUCAGUGCUCAGUGUGCGGAAAGGGUUUCAGUCAAAACAUAAACCUUAAGGUCCAUCAGAGUAUCCACACAGGGGAGAAGCCCUACACUUGCUCUGAAUGUGGGAAGGGCUUCCUUGAUUGCAGAAGGCUUAAACAGCAUCAAAGAAUUCGCACAGGGGAGAAGCCAUAUAAAUGCUUAGAGUGCAGAAAGAACUUCACUUUGCCCUCUUAAGUUGCAUCGAAGAACUCACACAAGAACUCAUUUAAAUGCCCAGAAUUUGGAAAGGGCUUCAGCAAACGCACAAGCCUUAAAACCUCUCUCCACACAGGUGAGAAGCCCUU